CUCUUGGCAUUCUACCGCGACUCAUUGUGCUAAGUAGUACGGUCCGUAGCCAUUCUGGCUCAAGCUUACGGUUUAUGCUUGGUUGCGUCCGGCCGCCAUGAUUUACUGACUCGCGACGGCUGCUGCGGCCGUAGAACCGACAGGCGUUCAUGUUCUUGUGUUUGCUGUGCGCCGGGUUCGCUGGUGCGCGAGCUGACCAUGGGCACUUUUCACCAUCAUCGGGGCAAGCCCUUGUGAGCACCAUGAUGGAGAACCAGUUGUAUGGCCAGGAGCAUGGUGGACCAAUCACGCGGUUGAGCACAGGACUUCGACGCCUCUCGGCGAUGGUGGCGGCAAUCGAUCUCACGGCUGAUGCGACAGGCUAUACCGCCAUGGACGACGGGGACGCGAUCAUCAGCGCCUCUGGCAGUGUGUCAUUGAUCCAACGAGGGCACCUCUUUCAAAAUUCCCAGGGGGGCACGUUCCAGCAUACCUCCCAGGCCUUCCCGUCUGGCGCUGGCGCGCUCGUGGAGUCUCUCGGUGGCAGCUACCAAAACGCGUCCUCCCCGCAUGCGCAGAUGCCGUUUCAUGCGACGCUGCCCAUGGCAUUGGUGGCAGAGCGCAUUCCUUCCGUGUCGACCUCAACGGUCGUCGUGUUGGCGAUCGGUGUCUUUGUCGUGGUCUUGACCAUCUGUUGGGGAUGUGGAUCCAGCUCAAACUCAACUUCCGACGAACCAUUGGGUAUUGCAGCGCCUUCGCCAGGCUACCCGAGAGGCCAAUCAGCGUCGGCAGCAGCACCAGCGGCGCUCACACCGGCGCCCAGCGCCCAGCUCCGGCCCAGGCGGCAGAAGUACCUGGGCGACGGGAACACUCAGGCGUUCUGCCGGGAGCUGACUGUGCUGGACACCAGCGGCUCGACUUUCAUUCUAACGGGGAAGGCACUGCCAUACCAGCAGGAAGAGGUCCUCGAGGUCCGACGGGACGGCUUCCAGCAGGCCCCGCACGAGGCGGUGCUGAAGUGCACGACGAGCGAGACGAGGGGGCAUUGUGGGAUCCUGCUGGAGACGUCGAUGGGGAGCAGCGUCGUCUACAUGAUGACCGACGAGGCGGUCUCCCCGAAGGGAGAGCAGCCACCCCAGCAAGAUCGGCACGUUGCGCUGGUCCGAAUGAACAAUCGCGACCUCCCUGCGGAUCCACUGCCUACGGCGGUCGUGGAGCGGACAAACGGUAGUAGCAAUUUGUGCGUGCGGUGGUGCACACCAACCGGGCAGCCAGGCGGCGUCUUGGUCUCGAUGCUCGUGCACGCCAACCACGGUAUCGACCUCAGGAACAAGGAUGGGUCCUUGGUGGCCACGCUGAAGUGUCAUCUGGGAGAGCAUGGCAGGCUGCACAUCGCAAAGGGGAUGGACGUGGCCUUGGUGGUGUCCGCCAUGAUCGCCGCGCUCAAGCUCCAGUAGCUUGCAGAAGCGUUCGGCUGCAGGGCUUGACAGCGGGCUUACUUGCGGGCCUACUUACUUUGGCCAUCACUCGCCUGCGCCGGCCCCAGCGAAAGAUUCGUUCCUAUUCUUCCACCCCUGCCGCCCCCGAGGAAAUAUCUGCCAAG